ACCCCCGUACUAUUUAAAUUCCCCAUCGUCGCUCUGCCCCAUUUUUUUUCUGUCAAGGUGAAUUCAUUUUCGAAAUCGAAGCCAAGAUCCAUUACUAGAGGUCCAAUACUUUUUAGCGAAUAAAAAAACAUGUCUCGUGAAGAAAAUGUGUACAUGGCCAAGCUGGCUGAGCAAGCAGAGCGGUACGAAGAGAUGGUUGAGUUCAUGGAGAAGGUUGCAAAGUCAGUCGACAGCGACGAACUGACCGUGGAGGAAAGGAAUCUCCUCUCAGUGGCAUACAAGAACGUGAUUGGUGCUAGGAGAGCUUCUUGGAGAAUCAUCUCUUCAAUCGAGCAGAAAGAAGAGAGCCGUGGGAACGAGGAUCACGUGAAGAUUAUCAAGGAAUAUCGUGGUAAGAUCGAGAUGGAACUUAGCAAGAUCUGUGACGGAAUCUUGGGACUGCUCGAAUCCCAUUUGAUUCCGUCGGCAUCUUCUGCUGAAUCGAAGGUGUUUUACUUGAAGAUGAAGGGUGAUUAUCAUAGGUAUUUGGCUGAGUUCAAGACUGGUUCUGAAAGGAAAGAAGCUGCUGAGAGCACUUUGCUUGCAUACAAAUCUGCCCAGGAUAUUGCUGUUGGUGAGUUGGCGCCUACUCAUCCGAUCAGGCUGGGGCUUGCUCUUAAUUUCUCGGUUUUCUAUUACGAGAUAUUGAACUCUCCGGAUCGUGCUUGCACACUUGCGAAGCAGGCAUUUGAUGAAGCUAUUUCUGAGCUGGAUACAUUGGGCGAAGAGUCGUACAAGGACAGCACAUUAAUCAUGCAGCUUCUACGAGACAACUUGACUCUCUGGACUUCCGAUGCAGCGGAUGAUGCUGGGGAUGAGAUCAAGGAAGCUUCGAAACGUGAUUCUGGGGAGGGACAACAGUGAUGAGUUUGUGCUGGUUACGUUUUAUUCUGUACUUUUGUUUCUCUCUCUUUAGUAUAGAAUUCGUGUUGUAGGGUGACGAGUAACGGUGGUUCUUACGUUUUGAAAUGUUCCUUUUUUUCCUCAUUUUAAGCGUGAUAAUCCUUGAGAAGUGAACGUGGAUGGUUUUUAGUUUUAACUAGUUAUUUCUAUUCGAGCGAGUUGAUUUUUUAUUUUA